AUGGCUGGAUGGGUUCCAAUGGAGGUUGGCACGCCUGGCACUGUAGGAUCGCUGCUGAAGAGGGAGAUGGAAUAUUUCAAAAGACUCGAGGUAGAACGAUUUGAAAUGAGUUGCCUAAAGUCUGAGAGGCACAAUGGAGAGAAAGGUUCUUGUAGAGGCAAUUCGUGGCCUGGUUUCAAGUUCUUCCCUUUCAAUUGGAGAAGGAAGAAGAGAAGAAAUAGUGGAAUCCGGCGGAGCUUCGUGGAUGACGGAGAAAUAAGUGAAAUUCCGGGGUUCAGUUACAGAAAUCUCAAAGCUGAUUCUAAGAGAUUUGAAGGUCUAAAUGAGUAA